UCUUUUACGAAUCAAAUUGGGACAACAAUCUUUAAAUUUAGCAAAGUUUUUAAAAAGACCACAAUUUGAAAUGCUUUUAGGGAGUAAAUCUUUUUGAAUUCAAAGAAAAGAAAAAAGAGUACAAGUUGUCGUUGUCCAAAAGCAUGUGGUGGCUAUAGGAGAACCAUAUAAUCAAUCAUACCAUUCCUCCCCCGGCCUGCCUGUAAUUGCAGAGCCAACAGUGGAGAUCAGCUUUGGGUAAUAACUGCCGCAUGCACUUUUGCUUCACCUACAUAUCAAUUCAAUUCCCGAGUUCCCAUCACCAUGCAUAUAUAUACCUCUAAAGUCACACACAUUCAGAUAGAUUUGAAAAAGAAAACCCUAACUUCAUUUAUUUCAUUUUAAUAAUAUGGUAACUUGAAGUUUACUUAAAUUCAAGGAAGCAGCUUAGUAUAUAUGUCUGUGAUGAUUUCUUGUUUUCAUUGCUGCCGCGGCUUAUAUUAUUAAAGCUUAUAAUGAAGAGGCAAAGAAAAGGAUGGAAAAGAAUGGAGCAAGGGUUUUCAGGUUUUGGGGGAGAAAGAAAGGGGUAGCUAAUAGUAAUUAACUAUAUAGAUUACUUUAAUCCCUCCCCUUUUUUUUAAUUAUUUGUGCUUUGUGCGUGUAUAUGUGUGGGGGGUGGGGGUGGGGUAUAAGAACUGUUUGUUUUGAUCUGUUCAGCUUGGGAUCAGAGGUUGAGCUAAUAAGCCUCUUAAAAUCCUCCUUCCAAACACUACUUCUCUUUGCUCCAUCUCACAAACAUCAUUCUUCAUAGUAAUCAAGAAGUAGUAAUAGUAAUCAUAAUAACAAUUAUUAUUAAGAUUGUUAUUAUUAAUAUUAUUAUUCGAUGGAUUAUGCUUACCUCCAUAAUCACCACCACCAAAAUCAUCACCAGUUCCUCCACCAAGAUCAUCAGCUUCCUGUAAUUCUUUCCCCUCCUCCUUCUCUAGCAAAUAAUAUUAACUGUAGUAUACAGAAUUCCCUAUCAUCAUCUUGCUAUGGAGAUUCUACAACUACAUGGACCCCAAACAGUAACACCAUAAACAGUGGCGGCAGUUGUUUGAGUUCAUUACUUUUAUAUCCAAACAAUACUCUCAGCAGCUCAGUAAACCAUCCUCAGCAACAACAAGAGGAGGUCAACAUGACCACCCAAGAGUUGACUUUUAAUCACUGGCCGGAGGAGGCGGCUUUUAGCGGCGGCGCAAUGAAGCAAGAACUCUCACCGGCGGCGGAUCAACAGUUCUUUUGCUCCACUAAUGGUAAAAGAGGAGGAAGCACUGGAAGCAGAUUUAUAAGUCAGAUAUACCCAACCAUAAACGUUCCCAGCUUGAACCAUAAUAAUAAUCAAGAAUUAGAAGAAGCUGCGGCUGUUAAUUCCUUGGGGAAUUCCAGGUCUUUGGGGAUGAACAACUUGCAAGCUUUGGAUCUGUUCAAUUCUGAGCAUCAUCAACAGUUUGGGUUUCAAAGCUUUCCUGGGAUUGAUCACUAUCAUCAUAAUUUGCAGCAAGCAACUCAUCAAAGGACAUUGUUUGGUAACAACUUUCACAAUAUAUCAGCAGCCUUGUCCUGCAAUAACAAUGCCACAGCAGAGGCAAAAAGGCAAGGCAAUGGUGUGGAGCCAAAGCCACCUCAAGCACCACUUAUUAAGAAAUCCCGACUGGAUCCGCGUGUCUCCUGUCCGCCCUUUAAGGUGAGAAAAGAGAAGUUAGGAGAUAGAAUUGCAGCUCUUCAACAGUUAGUAGCACCUUUCGGCAAGACAGAUACGGCAUCCGUAUUGAUGGAGGCCAUUGGGUACAUCAAAUUUCUUCAAAACCAAGUUGAGACUUUAAGCGUGCCGUAUAUGAAAUCAUCACGCAAUAAGGGUCGUGGUACAACCAUGCAAGGGCAGUGGGGCCAGCAUGAAGACAACAUUGAAACAGAAGAAACAAGGAGAAGAGGGGAUCUUAGGAGCCAAGGGCUUUGUCUUGUACCAUUGUCAUGCAUGUCUUACGUUGAUGACAGCUGCGGCAGCGGCGGCGGCUUCUGGCCUCCUCAGAACUUCGGUGGAUCUUAAUCAAACAGCGGCACGUGGGUUGCAUGUGUCAUGUCGUGCUCUAAUUAAACCAUGCAUACUGGUUUAAUUUAUUAGAGGCUAAUUAGCUGUUGAAUAAGGAUUUAUUAGAUAUGUUUAUUUUGUACUCGCCAUAUUGAUUAAUGGAGCAAGCUUGGUCAUUCUGUAUGGUCAAAAGAGCCACCUUAAGGAUGGACCAAGUUUGAUCCAUUGAAAUUAUAUAUUGGCUUUUUUCUAUUAUUGCUUCAUUAUCACAAGACUCUAAUCAUGCAUUUAUGUACUGCAUGGCACUCUUAUCUACCCUAAUAACUUCAAAAGUGCGGCUUUCAUUGGUUACUUAUUGCUUUGCUCCAUAUAAAAUAAAUCUGAUUCGGAGCGUGCAUUCUUUUACGGAG